GCUACCUUGACUCUCCAUCUUCUUCUUCUUCAUUGAUCGUUUCUAAUAUUCUCUGGCCACUCCUUAUGCGAUUCUCAUCCGCACACUUACCAUAAAUAAGAUUAAUGAGUCCAUCCUGCAUCUAAUGCGAUCCAGGCCUUUGGAAUCCCUCUCCCUCCUUCAUAUAUAUCUUCAGUGUGAAAUCAUCAGGAAUUGGAUUUUCAGAUACGACGGUGAAUGUCUCCGUCGACGAUUUUCAGAGAAUCACCUGGGUAUAGCCGACUAUCACCACGCCGCCAAUUUCGUGGACGUCUCCAUCUACAUCAUCAUAUUCGGUGGCGCUAAGUUCAGCCCUUCCGGCAACACCGACUUCUAUGCCGCCGGUUAUACUCUUUUCACUUUGGCUACCAAGCUGCCUGCUCAGAUAUACUAAUAAUCUAAGAUCCAGAACAUCAUCGAAAUUUCUGGACUUGAGUCUGAAACUUGGCAAAAGCUUGAGAAUUGUAAUUUGUAAUCCAGAAGGAAAAGCAGCUGACUUUAGGUUGUCCCUUUCCUUAGUUAUUCGAAUAGGGAAAUCAGCAAGCGUGUCAUCUCACGGAGAAAUAGUUCCACUUAGUAUGCAGAUGUAUGGUUGUAAAGUGCUACAAAAGGCCCUUGAUGUCAUAGAACCUGAUAAGAGAGUUCGUUGGGAAACCGGGCAGGUCAUGAGAUGUGUUCAGACACCAAAACAGAAACCAGGAGCUCUUGAAAUGCAUCGAUAAUACUUCUUCAGACUGUUGGAUCGAUGUUACCUGAGGUUUUUAACUAAGGCUAUGUGGGAUGACAUUGGAGUCACGCAGAUUGGGACUGUUCAAGAAAAGAGAAUUUUUUAUAGACUUCAGAUAUCAAACGUGUCUCUUUGUUUCAGGGGAAGUGCUUAUUUUUAGCAGUGUUUGUUUUCCUUAUGUAUAAAAUGUGCUCUGCAUGAUGAUUCUAGCUGAGUUUGUUUUGGCUUCAUCAAGUUUCUGUUUAAAUGGUUCAAAUAUAGCUGUUCUAUUUUGUGAGCAUUCAAAACUCUCAUUCUCGGGUUGGUGCCCACAAGAAGCACGCAUGUCUGAUGGUAUGCUAAGUGCAACAGUGAAAUUAACUGAUAACUUGAUCAUCAAGGCGAAUGCUCAAGUAAGUGCUACCACCAGAGAUUUUGUUUGUUCUAUGGUGUACAACUGUACUUUCAUUCCAUAAAGUAUUAUAUUUAGAAACUCUUAUAUUUAACAAAUU